GACACGAGCUGACAAGGGUCAGUGAAAGAUCUAAAGAAAUUCACUUGCCCAGACAAUCACCAUCCAUCACUGGACCUGAAGAAUAAAUUGAAGGUAUUGUGGAGUUCUUCGCCGCACUGACACCCAUGAGAAAGACCUAUCAGCUCUAAUCUUCAAAGGGUACAACAGCUUAACCAUUUAAACCCCAGCCAAAAUGAAGGCAUUCAGCAUUGCAGUUGCAGUGACACUCGUGCUCGCCUUUAUUUGCAUUCUGGAGAGCUCUGCCAUUCCAUUCACCGGGGUGCAAGAGCUGGAGGAGGCAGGGAGCAAUGACACUCCAGUUGUGGCACAUCAAGAGAUGUCAGUGGAAUCAUCAAUGAUGCUGAAUCACAUCAGGCAAAAGCGUCAGAGCCAUCUUUCCUUGUGCCGCUGGUGUUGCAAAUGCUGCCGCAACAAGGGCUGUGGCUUCUGCUGCAAGUUCUGAGGAUUCCCACAGCAGCCACAAAAUAUUAAUUUAUUAUGCUUAUUGUCAGACUCUAAGAAAUGAUUUUUUCCUAAACGCUUUCCCCAAUGCAUUUAUUGUGGUACGCACAUUUUGUAUCAUGUUUAAGAAGUAUUAAGGAACAGCACUGAAAAAUGAAGGGCUUCUCUUUUGUAUUUAUUUUAUACAUUUUAACAUUUCAACCAUUUUGUGAAUUUCUUUUAAAGAACAUUAGAU